AUGUCCAUCGACGAAGUCUUAGAAAAGGCCGCUCAAGAUGGCACCAUUCCUGGAGCCGUGAUGCUCGCCACAAAUACAUCCGGUAAGGCCUGGCGACCCGUACGCAGUGCAAGUGGAAAAACAAAAAAAAUAACACUUGGAUUGACAGGCGAUUUCAACUUCAAAAAAGUUAUUGGCAAAAAAUCACUCCAGGCUGGCUGCGACGACCCGCUGCGACUGGACUCGGUCUUUACUAUUGCUUCCAUGACGAAGCUGUUGACAUCAAUCGCUCUCCUGCAGCUGCACGAGCAUGGAACCGUCGGGCUCGACCAAGACGUCUCGGAAUAUGUCCUCACCAAACAGUCCAUUCUCACCGGCUUUAGCAAGGACGGGACGCCGAUCCUCGUCAAGCGCGAGAAAGACAUCACGCUGCGCCUGCUGCUCACCCACAGCUCCAGCGCCAGCUACAGCUUUAUGGACCCCAAGCUGCAGCAAUACGCUCAGUACACCGGCAAGUCAGUCACGGAAAGCAGCACCAUCGAUGACAUCUUUGACUGGCCUCUGCUCUACCAGCCAGGCGAGGGCUGGACGUACGGCGCCGGAAUUACCUGGGUUGGGAAGGUGCUCGAGAAAUUGACGGGCAAGUCUCUCGAGGAGUACAUGCAGGAGAACAUUUUCAACCCCUAG